CCUUCUGGUAGACGCUGAGGGAGAGGUCCUUUUAACUCUCAAACCGGUAGUUUUUUGGCGUUUUAUUUUAGUUCAUUUCCUUUAUUUUUUUCUCCCCCAUUUCCACUAUGUUCAAGAGUCAGUGAUACUCCACUAGUCGGUGUGCACUCUGUGAAGAUUAUUAUUAUUUUUUUUUUCAUUUUACUUCCAGUGGUUUUUUGUUUGAAAGAAAAAAUAAGAUCAUCAGACGGUGCGAUGUGAGAGCCAGAGGAGCCCCGAGGGGUUUCUCACCGUUAUAAAACAAAUAAAUAAAUAAAUAUCCGUUAUAAAUGGAAAGAGCUGGCGACGAAAGUUGUUAAAAAAGUGGUGGUGGCCGUAGUGCAACGGCAAAUGUGGCUCUGUGCACGGUGAGCCAGGGUAACAGGGGCCGGGGGGCCCGUGGUGGGGGUAGCGUAGGCCGUACGCGGGGCCAGACGAGCGUGCGGCUGCCCCUGAGUCCGCGCACCCUGUGCGCACCCGGCCAAGUGGCGGGGCCUCAGGCGCCACCUGGUGCGGCUGGGACUGGUGCCGCGGCUGGUGGUCAUGGGCAUCAGGGUACACCUGUACACACCCAGAACAUCGACGAUGCGGCCGACGAGCCAAUGGUUCACGUUGAGAGGCCCCAGCAGGAUGGCACGUGGAUAUGCUGUGUACCUUGCUAUUGGCUGAGACGCAGCAAAGCUGUUCACAAAGCUCUACUAACAUUUGCAAUGCUCCUUGUCACCAGUUUACUCGUAACAAGUCCCGUUUUAUUUCUUAUCACAACACUCCCCGAGGGAGAUCAGCCCAGGGACUGCGCUGUACUUGACGAGGCUUGUAUACGGGAGAGAGAUGGGCUGGAGGGUGCCUGUGAGACAAAGGCAUGUUACGAGGCAUCAAAGCGAAUGUUGGCAUCGAUGAAUCGCGAUGUAGAUCCUUGCACCGAUUUCUAUCAAUUCUCCUGCGGCAGCUUUCGAGAUAGGGAGCCUCAUCAACCUAGCUCCAGCUUUGGAAUGCUUCAGCGUCAGGUCGAUCGCCAGAUUCGAAAGCUGCUGACAAAUGUCACGGGAAAGAUGACAGGUCCAUUCGAAAAACUCGGGCUGUUCUACACGACUUGUCAGCAUCACGGUGAUCUCGAGGUCGAUUUUUCACCAGUUUACAAGUUGCUGGAGGAGUUGGGGGGAUAUUUGCCACCGAAGGCACCAGCACCACUGGACAUAACACCACUGGUCUCUACACUGUUGCAGGCCAACGGUGCCCCAUUAUUCGAUCUUUAUCUGGACAUUGAUCUUUAUGAUCACUCUCGGACAUCUGUAUUCCUCGAUCUGCCAUCUAAUAACCAUCCCGAGGGGUUUUUCACAGCGAAGCAAGAGGACGGGCCCAGAUGGCGUGAGGGCCUCAGUGGAUUACAGAUAAAGCGAAAAAAACGAUCGAGUCCAGUCGAGAGUCGUGCAUACACGUUGAUCAAGAGUGCACGAGAAGAGGAGCGUUGCCGUAGAAUUGAGAGAAUAAUCCAGCAUUUUUUGCCCAAGGACAUGGAAAACAGGGAGCGAUCAUAUGAAGCGUAUCUGCUGAUGCAGUUUUGUCUGGCACUCAGCAAGAUAUAUCCUCGACAAAAAGAUCUUUACAACUGGGUGGACGUGGACCAGCGUGUCUAUGUACCUUACAACCUCACGUAUCUUCAGAACAGUUUUGGUUAUAUAAGGUGGGGGACGCUGCUCAAUUCUACACUGAGUAACAACCCCAAUAUGAUGAAUUUAUACAACCGUGGAUACAGCAACGAUGAACGCUUGGUUUAUGUCUAUGUAACAGCACCGAGGUACUUCAGGAGUCUCGGCAAAUUGCUCAAUCAAUUUUCCAAACGGAUCGUUCAUAAUGGCCUCCUGCUGCUAUAUGCUGUGGAUACACUCCACGAUAUUGUCAACGUAACAGCUAGUGAUAAUUGGAAUGUCUCAUGCAGCAAGUUGACGAGCAAUCUUUUUGCUGAGGCUGUUGGUGCUGUUUACGUGCAGCAGUACAAACCCCAGCACCUGCAGACACUCGCCAACCGGGUUGAGAAAUUGUUUGAGAGGAUAAAGGAGACACUAGCUGAGAGGAUGCUGGUGAUGUCGUGGCUGGACGAUGAGACUCGUGCACAGGCUCUACUAAAGCUCACCGAGUUACGGGGAAAGUUUCACGUUUGGCCUGGUUUUCAUAACGAUACACUUCUUGCUGGGGAAAUGGCCGGGGUUGUCGUUGACCCCGACAAUUUCUUCAAGAGCGUUGUCGCGAGAUUCAGACAGAUACGUCGUCUUCAGGGACUUGUUUUACGGGCUAGCAUAAACGAUAGGUGGCGACAUCCCUACGCUGUCAACGCGUAUUAUGAAUCAUCAACUAAUUCAAUAGUUAUACCACUGGCAAUGAUGACUGCCUGGUCGUGGUCUUGGGAGGGUGGACCAGCUUACGCUGCCCACGCAACCCUGGGCUCUGUGAUAGCUCACGAGAUACUUCAUGCCUUUGAUCUACAUCAUCGAAGACUACCACUCGAUCCCGAUCUCGGUGUUGAUAAUUACCAGUGGAUAACACAGGAGUCGUGGAAUCGAUUGGAAACGAAAAUACAAUGCGUCGGAAGACUCUACGCUAAGAGAUUUUGGAAGAAAGUACAGUUUUAUGGUGAUCCCGUUGAUGUUCAGUUUGAUUGGAAUGUCACGAGGAAUGAGAAUGUCGCUGACAUUGGGGCUCUACAAAUAUCCUACCAGACGUGGCAUACACUGACUAACGGUAGGGACAGAACAUUGCCGAGUCUUGAGGGACUGCGUCCGAGCCAGUUAUUUUUCAUAAGCGCCGCCCAGACUUAUUGUUCUAACAUGACUGCCGAGGCCUACAUCCUCUCCGUCGAGCUCGACUAUCACACCCCUUAUCCAGAGAGGGUUAAUGUGGUUAUGAUGAAUUCACCGGCCUUCGCGGAGGCCUUCCGUUGUCCUGCUGGUGCACGAAUGAAUCCACCGAACAAGUGCAGCACGUGGUGAUUUGAAUUUCCCUGUACCCAACACGGGACCAUUAUUAUUAUUGGAGAAAUGAGUAAUCGCAAAUGGUGAUUUGACGAUAAUUUCACGGAGUGUUGGCUCAAAUUCGCGACGCCUUUUUAUUAGAUGAUACCACGUUGCGUCCACGGUGAGAAUUGAUUUUUACAUCCACUGGUAACACCAGGGAAAGGGCGAACCGACGUUUAACCGAGUCAGGUACAUCAUCAUUGUCACAAUCGAUUGACAAUAAUUCCGAUGGAAUUACAUCAUUGCUUUAUUUCCAGGGAAAUGGACGCGAUGGUGGAUCGUUAGAUCGAUAAGCUUGUUAUAGAAUUUUCAAAGUCUAAUGAAAUUGGUUGAAUAACUCACAGUGGCCGAGCUCACUGUUACCAGGAAAAUAAUUAACUGAACUAAUUAUUGUAACACAGACACGUAUACGUACACACUUACAUAACACGCAAUUUCAAAGACGUAACGUUUAAAUCCCCAGACAAUGCUUUAGAAAUUGAAGAGAAAUCAUUCAGUAGCGAAGUGUUUAAUUCAAUUAACUUGAAUAAUUUUUCUUAAUUAUCAAUUCGUCAAAGCAAACCCCUGAAUUUCUAAUUAUUUUUUCAAAGAACUUUUUAUUGGACUAUUUAAUUAGCAGUAGAAAAAUUCUCUAAAACUCAAACUAAUAAGAAGUUGAGAAAAUAUAGUAGAUUGUAGUAAUUUUAAUUUAGAACUUCGCUACUCAAUUGAUUAUUCAUUAAUUGAAUUAGUGGAGGACAGACUUCAGCUUCGAUUCAGUUACGCGAGAGAAAUGAGUCCUCUACGGAUGUAAUAACAACGCAAUAUUCAUUUAAUUUUGUCACGUGUUAAUCAAAUGAAGAAGAAAGAGUUGGAGUUGUUCUUGUACCGAAAAUUAGUCCUUUACAUAUGAUUCGAUACUCGAUUCGCAAUUCUAGUAGCCAACGACGCGAGAGUUUAAAAUUCCGAUAAAACAAGUCAGUACGAGCUGUUUAAGAUAACAAUCGAAUCAAACUAGCAUAAGAAUUUAUUUGUUUCCCUAUUAAUGCAUUUUAUGGAGCCCUGUCCCUCCGAUGGAACGGCCAAUAAAAGUUGUUUGUAGUUUAAAAGAAUGGAGAGGCAUGUAAAAUAUGUUGAAGAUCAUUGAAAAUAUAUAAAAUGCAAGAAUCGCAAACUGUGAUAGUCUUCGGCAUUGCGCUAUUGAUUAAAACAUUUCGUUCCUCUACCGAACAAGUACGAAAAUUCUCUAUUAUUUUCCAGUUAUCACAAUCUCAAUGGAUUAAGUUAGUACUGAUUAUUUUCAAAUACGAAAUUAUGAAGAAAUGUGAGUGUAAUUGCUGAUGACUUGUAUGGCUAA